CCCCUUCCUCAUCUCUCUCGCUCCCCGAGAUCGCCCGCUCCCCCAGCACACACACACACGCGAAACAACCGGCCGAGAGAUGCGGCGAAGCUGCCACGCGCACCCAGCGGGGCGGACCCUUCGGCACCGCGUCUAGACCGGGCGCGAGCAAAGUCCGUUCGUGGGGGACCACAAUCAUCCAAGCCACAGUCACCAGAUGCGUCGUAUGAUAGACAGCUCGAGAGCACACAAGGAAGAGAGAAAAAAAAAAUCCGUCGAUCUUUUCGUAUAUCUGCCGUGCCCAAAAGCCCGUCCAUCCAUCCAUCCAUCCAUAAGCAUACAUUUCCUCAUCAUCAUCAUCAUCAUCAUCAUCAGACAACAUACCAUGGCUGCGGCUUCCACUGCUAGCAAGGGCCUGCAAUACUCCCGCAUGGUCGAGGCCCGUUUUCGCACCAUUUCCACGUCGUCGGCGUCGUCGUCAUCCUCGUCCUCAUAUCCCCGAGCUCUUCUUUCCAGCCCAGAUGAGGCCGAGCCAGCUCGGGCUUCUUCGCGUCCUCCGCGCCCUCCGGCGCGCCGCUUUCAUUCCCACCCUCCUCCUGCUGCUCCUUCUCAUUCUGCUCCCGCUCCUCCUCCUGUCCGCUCCUUCUACGCCGCUGCCGCAGACUCGCCCUGCGCCACCAUGAGGCUCUCCUUGCACCACUCCCCGCCCAAGAACCACUCGGACUCGGCCCUCGGCUCGCCGCUCUCGCCGCUCCCUCCUCUCCCGCCCUCUCCGUAUCCUCCUUCCACUUCCACUGCUGCCGCCACCGCUUCCAUCACCUCAGCCCCCGCCCCCACCCCUGAGGAAUCCGCCUACGAUGCCUCCACCACCAUCGCCGACGACACGGCGAGCUUCGUAACCCGCGUCAAGCGCUCCUCGCCCUGGACCAAGAGCAAAGAAAAGCGGACGUCACGGCGCGAGAUCCGCGACGGCAAGCGCCCGUCCGAGGACCACGCGUCGGCGAGCGGGCUGUGGGAGGCGCGCGCGGAAAUGCAGCGCGUGCACGACAAAGCGGAGGCGCACCGGGUCAGCCUCAAGCGGGUGAUCGACAAGCUGCGCGUGCGGCGCGACACGGGCGCGUCGGACGAGCUGCAUGCCAAUGUCGACGACGAGAGCUGCAGUGUUGACGCCGUCUCGGUGCAGAGCGCUGACGCUGCCGUGCUCGGUUUGGGUACCCGCCGCAAUGCUAGGCCCGCGAGCAUCCAUUCGACGGCCGUGGAGAGCGGGUCGGAAGAUGAGCUCGACGUUGACGCCGGUUUCGACCCCAACCUCGACCCCGACAUUGACGCGCUCCUCGAAGACGGCCUGCUGCACCCCCUCUCCCGCGCCGCAGUCAAGCGGCGCACCGCCUCCGCGCAGCACGCCACACACCACCAACAAACGCUACGCGCGCAAGCGCUGCACAACCAGGGCGGGCGCACGCACACCCGCCACCGCAGCCACGACGCCCCGCCCCCGCCCCUCUGGGACGCCGACCACCCGAACCCGGCCUUCGCCGCCCAAGCGCCCCUCGACAUCCGCGUCGGGCCGGAGAUCGUGGCCCUGCUGGACGGCGCCUGCGGCAGCGACUGGCCCACCCAGCUAGAGCGCCUGUGCCUCGACUUCGUGCCCCCGCCGGGCGUGCCCAGCCAUGCCGCGCAGCUUAUUCGUGCGUGUAAGACGAAUGGCCGCGCGUAUAGGAUUGUGGCGCAGGAUUUUAGGCCCGAGGCGCCUGCUGUUGGUGCGGGGGACAAGGAGGGCGGGUUUUGGACGAGUGCGGUUAGGCGCACGAGGGCGUUUUUGUAGGUGUGGUGUGGGUGGUGCGGUGGGGUGUUGAUGUGCUGGGGUGGAGGGUCUUUUUUACCAGCCCCGUGGUUGCGAUGCGAUGGGAUACGAACGAGCUUCCUGAUGAGGAACUAUAGUACUGGGGACUGAAAGGACAAGGGGGCGCUGACUGGGUUUCCGACACCCAGCUCGUCGGCGCCGGGGUUUUGGAUCGUCGCUGGGUGUGGGUGUGUGUGGGGCGCGCUGGGCUGCGGUGCCGGGUAGCGCGCUGGCGACAAGAUGGGUUGGAAGCAGAAGACGCAGUCGUGCUCUGCAUUGCAUUGCGCUGCGCGAAAGAGGAUAGAACUACACUACCUACUUAUACUACCUAUGCCUACUACCUACUUACAUAGAGGUAGAGAUGUACUUAAUCGACCAGAGAAAGAAAGAAAAGAAAAAAGAAAGAACGU